AUGGAUGUUAUGACGCAGGGCCUUUUUCUGGCAACAACGCUGCAUCGAUUCCACUGCCCAGGCUUUGGCAAAACCAGGGAUGCAUGGCACCAAGUCUGGGGCAACUCCAUUCUCUCCUGGAUGGCCUGGGGCUCCAGCCUGGAAACACUGGUCAUCGUCAGCUGGGGCGUCUUCGUAUUGCAGCUGGUGCUGUUUGCCCUGCAUGCGAUGCCUGUGCAACCCGUCAGCUUCGCAUGCCAGAGCGAGAAACAAGGCUACCUGAAUGUGGCUGGCUUUGGCUACGUCAGAAUAUGGCACGCGGAUGCAUUGAAAGACUUGGCGAGCUCAAACAGAAUGGCCAUGGUUUCUGCUGGACAUCUCAGGCUGAGCGUCAAGCGCGCCCAUCAGGAGCUUCAAGCUCAGCCGCCAAAUGACACGCGGUUUUUACACAUCUUGAAGAUGGAGCUUCGACACCUCCUCCUGCGAAUUGUGCUUGUAAACCUGUGCACGAACUGCACAAAAAUUGAGGUGCAGACGACCAUCUUUGCCCUUGGGCGCUUCGAUAGCGAUGGAACCCUCGACCAGGAGGGCUUCUUGUGCAUCACCCUGGCCCACCUGACGUCCCUGCAGGCGCUGCAGGUGAUCGUGGCGGGUCUUUUGGCGAUCAGGUCGGCACAGGAGGAAUUGGAAGGAGUGCGGGAGACCGUGCGGGCAAGCAGAGAGUCAAAGGAGGAGUCAAGUGAGAUCUUCAGGCUGACCGCCCUGGUGUGGCUUAUUGCCUUCAUUUGCAUGGCAAUUCAAGCUCACAGCCUUGCGAAGUUGGUUGCGGCCUUCGUCUGCGAAGAUGCGGUCUGGAACUUUCCCAAUCGGUGCGUGGACAUCGGCCAUUGA